AUGAACAAUACUAUUUCGAAGGCUGAGGUUAAGGACUACCUCAGGAAGCACCCACACAUUGCGGAAGAGUAUUUGCUUCAAUCAACAUCCAGUGAAACGCUCGAGAAAUUGAUCGCCAAAAAAAGGCAACUAGUGAAUGAAAAUGUCUACGGUAACUUGCGACUAAUACGGAAAAAGUCUUUGUUUAAGUCUAUAUCUCAAGUGUAUACUGAUACUGGAAUGGAAGCAAUGACACGAAAAAUAUGUUCCUGCUCAACAGAUGAAGAAAUCUACGAACAAAUAUACAACAUUUGCAACAUCAUAACAAGUGCCUUGGAUGCAGAUGGGUUUGUUAUGUUUGUGAUGGAUUCGUCGGAAAAAGAUAUUGCGAAAUACACACCGGAAACAGGUCCUAUACAUAGCACUUCCGUCGGCCACAAUGAUACAUUGGCCUCUUACGUAGCGGUAAAAAAUCAACCGCUUUGUGUGAGCAACGUGCACAAAGAUCGACGUUUUCCAAAUGGCGUCGGUGAUGACCGUUUUAAUGAAUGCCAUGCGCUCUGCAGUCCCAUAAUGCUGGAGACCGGAAAUGUGUUCUGCUUGAUUAGCUUUGUUCGCGUGGAUCUUAAUCGGCCGUUUGACGAGUACGACUUCGAGAUGAUAACUGGCAUUUUCAGCUGGAUCAUGGCGUGUGUACGGAAAAUAAAGAAAAACAGGUUGCUGCAAGUCCAAGAGGCGCUGAACGGAUUCCUGCUUCAGACGACCCGCGUCAUGUUCGAUGACAUGGAAGAUAUCGACACCCUCGUCACCAACAUCAUGACUUUCACCAAGAACCUCGUGUGUGCCGACCGCAGUGCGCUCUUCCUCGUCGACGAGGAGAGGGACGAAUUGUAUGCGGACUACUUUGACGAGGGUAAGAUGAGCACUACAGGGGUCCCGGAGUACACGAAAACCUCCCAGAUUCGCUUCUCCAAGGAGCUCGGUAUCGCAGGAUUCGUCGCCAGGACCGGGGAGAGCGUGAACAUCAAGGACGCGUACAGCGACGAACGCUUUAACCAGGAGGUGGAUAAGAAGACGGGCUACCGGACACGCAACAUCCUGUGUAUGCCUAUCAGCGGCAAGCAUGGUGUGCUUGGGGUCGUACAGAUGAUUAACAGGAAGAACGGGGCCCACUUCACGGUGGAUGAUGAGAGCGCGUUCAAGCUGUUCGCCGUCUACUGCGCGCUCGCCAUUCACUACUCCCGCAUAUACAACAUGCUCUCGCACAAACAGAUGAAGUACAAGGUGGCGAUGGAUGUUCUGCAGUACCAUAUCUCGUGUCCAGAGGACGAGUUCAACGCCUUGUAUGAGAAGCCGAUCCUGCCUCGUAAGCAGGUACCAGCCAACUUCGACUCGUUCGACUUCUGUUGCUAUGACUACAACAACAUCUUGCCCCAGCUAUUCAUCCGCAUGAUCUUGGAGUCGUUUGGUGAGAACGAGUUUGAAAUGGCGAAGCUGUGUCGCUUCGUGCUCACCGUGCGGAAAAACUACCGAAACAUCCAGUAUCACAACUGGCAUCAUGGUUUCCACGUGGCGCACGCGCUCUGGCAGAUCAUUGCGAAGAGUGGUUUGAACCUAACCAACUUGGAGAAGAUGGCGAUCAUCAUCGGCGGUCUGUGCCACGAUAUCGAUCACCGCGGCUUCAACAAUGAGUUCUUCAAGAAGCUGAAGCACCCCCUUGCAGCCCUGUACACCACAUCAGUGAUGGAGCAGCACCACUACAAGCAGACUGUCACCAUCCUACACGCAGACGGUCAUGAAAUCUUCUCACACCUUACUGCGUUUGAACAUAAAAAUCUUCUGGAAAAAAUAAGGACCCACAUACUUGCCACAGACCUUGCCUUGUACUUUCCAACCCAGAAGUACCUCACAAGCGUAAUGGAUGAGGGCGGCUUCAAUCCGGAGACGGAGCCGCACAGGGAGGCCCUGCUGUCGCUCAUUAUGACGGCCGCCGAUCUGUGUGCCAUCACCAAGCCUUGGGAAACCCAGCAGAGGACCGCCAAAUACAUAUACGAGGAGUUUUACAUGCAGGGUGACGAGGAAAAGAAGCGUGGCCUGCAACCGCUCCCUAUGAUGGACCGGAUUAACCAGAGAGACAUACCCAAGAUGCAGGUGGGGUUUAUCGGUUUCAUCUGUAAGCCCAUGUACACAACGCUGUCCAAGCUGCUGCCGGAGACCGAACAUCUCCUAAAGGGAUGCAUCCGCUGCCAUGACAACUGGAAACAGACGAUGGAGGAACAGGCGGCGAACGCGGAGAAGCAGGCCGGGGGCACCUAGCAACAGUAGCACUACAUUGACCCAGCUGCCUGCCCAGUACUGAGGGACAAAACAUACAGCAACUUUCCUUUGGAUAUUUAUUGAAUAAAACCUAUGUAACAAUCUUAGUGAUGAAAUGGAGAUAUGCUGUAUGUACA